AUGGAAAAUACAUUGAGAGAAAUAUUAAAAAGAAUUGAAAAGAGAAAAAUCUAUGUUCAAGAUGAUCAUUCUUCAGAUGAGGAGGAAUUAUUUUCCUACUUGACAAAGGUUAAACAACCAGAUCCUGUAUGUCAUAGUUCACUUGAAAACCAGAAUAUAGCUUAUGUUGAUGAGGAAGAAACAGUAGAGAACGACAAACACAAUCUAGUUUUAGAAGGUAAACACAAUGAAGUUCUUAUAAAAACAGAGAAUGAUAAAGUUCAUCCGGUAGAAAAUACUGUGAAUAGUCAAAAUGAAAGUAGUGCAGUGGUUGAGCAGAAUGUUGAAAAUAAUGCACAUUUAGAUUCUAAAUUGCCUAGUGAAAUUAAGAUAUGUCAUGAAGAGGAACAAGGUGUAGGGUACAUAGAAGAAAUACUGGAUGAACCUAUACCUGAGAAAGAAGAAAUAAGAAUACAGAAUAACAAAGACAAUGAUGAUAUUGAAAGGAAACAGUGUGGUGAAAGUUCAAGCCAAAGUGAUAAAUAUUAUCUGAUAAAUGAAAAAGAUUGGCUUUCUUUAUGUGCAAGACUACACAAUGCAGAGAAUGUUGAAAAUGGUGACAAAAAAACAGAAGCAGAUGAAAAAGAUUCAUCAGAAAAAAUUGUUCUACAGCCAAAUGUGUCAAGCUUAGAAGAGAAAAAAUCACCAAAUACUGUGGGUAAAAGUUUGUUUAGUGCCUUUAAGCAAUACAACUCUCCUUCAAAGACCCUGUUAAAGGAGUCACCAGGUAAUGAGACAACAUGUAAUUCUAGUCCACAGAAAGUAUCUCCUCACAAAUCACCAAAAGCAGCCAACAUGGAUCAAGGUUACAAUAGUGAAGGUCAGCCAAUGUCACUAGAUGGAGAUGAGCAAAGUGAGAACAGAUUUUCAAUAACAUCUGAAAAUCAAGCAUCUCCAAAAGUUGAAAUAGUGUAUAUUAGACUUGAAGAUGGGCAUAUUAAAUAUGAUACUAGCAAAUCUCCAAGAUUGCCCACAAAAUAUAAAGGUGAUAAUAAUCUUAACACAGUUAAGAAGCUUGACUUUUCCCAGCAAAAUACAGUACAUAGUAAUGAAAAUAACAAUGCCCAGUUAGCAAGUGCUUCAUUGGCAAAAAAUAGUGAUUAUGAAUGUAUAGAUUUGUUGAAUGAUACAGACACAGUUGAUAGCAAUUUUGAUGAUUCAAAUGUUGAGUUAGUUAAAACAGCAAACACACAAGACACAACAAAACAUGGUAUGCAAUUGAGAUUUGUUAGAAUAAAUAAUAAACUUACCAGAGUAUAUGAAAGGGUAAAGCAUAAUGUUAUCGAUGAAGUACUGGAUGCAUCGUUUGCUUAUGACCAUAAUAAGAAUGAAGAAGAUUUAGAAUUUAGCAGAGUGCCAGGUAAGGAGGAUUCUGGCGAUGUUGUAGAUGGUAAUGCUGGAAACAAAGACUCCUUUAAUUUUGAUGAUAGUCAACUUAUCGCCUUUCCAUUGAAUGCAGUUGACCCAGAAAACAUAAAUAUAGAUGACAGUAUGUCCAUGCUGACACCUUCCAAAUUAGAUAUACUUAAUUCUUCAAAUAAACUGGAUCCAUUGACACCAAGCAAACUUGAAUUUCUGUCACAAAUUGAGUCAUGUCAUUGGACAUCUGACAAACUUGAAUGGUCUUCACCGAGUAAAUUGGAUGUUAAUUCUCCAGGUAAACUUGAUAUAAUACCAACAAAUGAAGAAGAUUCAAAUGUUAAAGAAACCAAUUCAGUUAAUGUUCUAUCUUCACAAAAUCAGUUUUCAUCAGACCUUUCAGGUGAAAAGAAAAAGACUGAAUCUCCUAUCAUUCUUAAAGUAACUAAGUCAGGUGCUCUUGUUCAGUGUAACAGUCCGCUUAAAGUUGAGAAUACUCGGAACGACAGUUUAAUAAACAACGAGGUCAAUAGAAAUAGAUCUCACAUUCAGAAUCUUUGGAAAACAUUUAAACCAGGGCAGAGAAAACGAAAUAAAGACAGAUCUUUUAAAGAAGAGAAUCAGCAGUGUGCUUCUGAAUCAAGUUAUAAUGAUAAGGCUGUUAUUAGUGGUAACAGUCUAAAUUUGAAACAGUCUCAGAAAAGGCUUCCAAGAAAGAAAGAAGAUGAAGUGCCAGUUAAGAAAAGAAAGGUGACCUCUGACAAAAUAACAGAACAGAAUGAACAUGUUGAAGAUGUACAGAUGAAAAGUAAAGAUAGUGUUAAGAAAUCAUGUUUGAAAAAAGGUAUUAAACUAAAAGGGAGCAAAAGAAAGGAAGAUGCAUCAAUAGAGAGAAAUGAGACAUAUAUUGAUGGAACCAUAAACAAUGUUGAACAAUCUAGUGGGCAAGAAGGCCAAAAUAAAAUUAAUUUUCUUGAACAUUUUUUUCAUAUUAAACUGAAAGAAGCAGGCAUUGGUGCUUCCUGUGAAAGAAACAGUUUGAACAAAUCCCCAUCUGUGACACCUCCAUUAAAAGUAGGUAAAAUUAGUGCUACAUAUGGAAAACCAAGCAAUAAAUUUGAUAAUGCACCUGAGGAAAGAAUUUUUAAAAGCAAUGAUAGAAAUGCUGGAGGUAAACAAGAGCCUGCAGGCAAAAGGAGCAAGAAAAAGAAAGAUACAGAUACAUCUGUUUCAUUAAGCAAAAAUGAACAAGUUAGAACUGUUCAGUGUAGAAGAAAAACAUUUAAGCAAGUAGAGGAUGAUGUAAAAGGGAACACCAGGCAGGUUGAAGAAUAUGAAAAUCAUUCAAAGGUACAAGAGCAGAGUAAUUCUAUAACACAAGCUGUGCAAAAAUCUCCAGAAAGAACAAUAUUGUGUAGAAGGCAUAAAAAACAAAAUGUUACAUCAGGCAUUAAUAUGAUGGGCAUGAAAAAUCAUGAAAAAGAUUGUAAACUUUUUUGUGAAGUUGGAAGUAAACAAAAUUCACAGACAAAGAGGGCUGUUAAAAAGAGGCCAAAGGUAUUGACAACUGAAAAUGAAUUGAAUACAUGUACUAAACAAUUGUAUGAGGAUGAUGAUAGAUCAGAUGUAAUUGGAAAUGUUGGUGUACAUAAUACCAAGAAAUCAAGAGUAAAAGCAAAGGAAGUAAAGAAUUCUAAAUUAAAACAAGUUGAAACCGAUAGUAAUAGAAUGGAAAAUGGUAAAAAGAACAUUUUUGCAAAUGAAGAAGAAAAUAAUAGUCAGAAUUACAGUAUUGAUAUUCCAAGAAAUGACAAGGUAAAAAAGGGAAGAACAAAAUAUGGUUGUAAUAAAAAGUUGUCAGUAAACCAAACAACAAGUAAAAUAGUACAAAGCAAGAAUAUUGAAUUAGAAACUUCAAAAAGUAUUGAUGAAUUAGAUUCAAGUAUUGAAAAUGAAAAUUGUGAUACAAAAACUAAAAUUGUCACUUCUCACGAUUCAGAUAUUACUUGUAAGGAAGUAAUUGAAAGUAAUAUUACAGAUUGUAAAAGACAAGGAACUACUGUUUCUAUUCUAGCAACAUUUCAGCCAUUUCAAGAGGAAGAAGUAAUUCCAAAGGAUGUUAAAACAGCAGAUACUUCUCAAAAAUCAAAGGCAUCUGGUUACAUAGGUGGCAGCCCAAGAAAAAGUCAAAAGAAACCAAAUAAAGUAAAACAUAAUGUGUUUGUUGUUAAACGUAAAAACUUAUCACAGGGUGGUGAUAAUAAAGUGUGCAAAAGGAAACGAAAAGUGGAAAAUGAUGUGAGUGACUUAGAUACAGACAAUGAGAAGAUAACCACUGAUGUACUGUUUGUUGGAAAAGAAUCUCAGGUUGAAAAGAAAAAGGUGAAAAAUACGGGUAGCGCUUGCAAAGUUUUAUCAGCCAAAAAGCUGAGAUCUGGAAAGAUAAGACUGAAUAACACACUAGAACAAGGAAUCACUCCUAAAUCUGUUAAGUCACCAAGAAAACCCUACUCGAGAAGAAAGCUGAAAUCUGGAUCUAAAAAACAACCGAAGGAGUCUUGGAAAGACUUGUUAGAUGAAGCUGAUUUUAAAUUUGAAUUUAGUGAUAAAGCAAAUGAACAACACAGACCUAUUAAUGUGAGACAUGUGAUAAGAAAUAUCUUAAAAACUGCUCAAGGGAAAGAGAAAACAGGUGAUAAGAAAAUUAGACACCGAGAAAGAAAAGAAAAAAGUCGUGAACACAGUAAAUCAAGUGCCAGAAAUUCACAAAGAUUAACAUCAGAAAGUGAUGAUGCAUGGCUUAGUGAUUCUGGCCAGAAUGUUUCUUUUCCUGCAUUCAAAUUCUCAUCGGAGAGUGAUUCAGAAGCCACUAAGCGUGCUUCAAAAGUAUUAGCGAACAAGAAUGCUCCUGAAAUCUUGCAUAAACCUUAUAUAGACACUGUUAAAAGUGAUGAAGAUUCUGAGCCUUGUGGACAGAAAUACAUUGAGUUACAUCAUUCACCAAUAAAAGUCUGUGAUUCACAAGAGAUUAUAAAAGUAAGGGACUCAUCUGUUGAGAGUGCAAAGGAUCUGAACUCUACCGACUCAGAGGAGCAGCAAAUAGAUUCUAAAGGAAGUCCAGACAUUAAAAAGAGUGUAGAUAAACUAAGAGCAAUAUUAGAUAAAGUUAGUGGACAGGAAGUUGUGAAAAAAUUGAAAUUUGUUGAUAGAAUUGGUUUGUAA